AUGCCACUGCCUGCUGACAUUGACUUGAGCCCGGCCGUGUACACUGGUAGUCAUAUGGGCUUUUCAGCACUGAGCGACAGCAUGUGCUACAGCCGUCUGGAAGGAGAUACUGGCCAAUUCAAGAACCGUAGGCUUCGCGAGGAAAACAAAGCAGCCGAGUCGCCUCUUCCGUUAGAUUUCAGCAUUUGCGUUCAGUACAUUCCCAUAGUAAACGAGAACUAUAAGGCUUUCUUGCCAAGCUUCGGGAUGCUCGGGACUGAUCUGUUCAAUGCCAUCGACGGAUUCCGGCAGCAAUGCCACAAGGAGACACGCUCUGGCGAAACGUGCAGCCUGCUCAGGCACUUGCAAGAUCCACAGUUGCUCGAGAAGCACCUAUGCCUCCUGAACAUGGCUAAGAAGGUGCUGGCGAUGGCGACGGCGAUGGCACUCAACCCUUCCACCCGUGUCGAAACAACUGAAUAUGGCACUCCGCCAAGGCCAGCUCUCAAUUAUGAGAGAACCCCUGUUACUCGCUGCGUCCCCACAAGGCAACAGUCAAUCACCAUUUUGACACCAUCACCUUCGUCGACGCAAAGCAGGGCAGUGACUCCUCACGACGUAAAGCAUUCUUACCCUGUCAUAAUUCCUGUCACUUGGUCUGCCUUUGCUGCAACAACCACACCCAAUUUUGAGAGCUGCAUCCAGACAGCAAUCCUCGACAUGUUGGUCAAGAUCAUUGCAGUCUCUUUCCGAAGACGCAAUGGCCGAGGCCAUUAG